CUAUCUCUCCGUUCCCCAAUUCAAAUUGACAGGAUUGUUCACAUUCGUAACUAGAAUCGCAAAUUGGCAUUCAGAGGCAGCGCAAGCCAGCCAGUGUCAAUCACAUAGGCGUAGGCACACAAAUCUCCAAGAUUAUCAAUAAUAUUGUCGUUCUUUUCCUAGAUACUCGCAGGCGGCGAUUAAGCCUUAAGUCUUAGGUCGCCCUCGUCAUCAAUAUUACCUCGAUAUUAUUGGUGGCACCUGGCAUUAACAUUGGCAGCGACAGUGAUAGCAGCAGCGGCAGCAGUAACAGCAGCAUUACGGGAAAGACAUCCAGACCAGCACCUGGGCAGCGUACCUACCUACAGGUGGUGUCGGAAAUAAGUGGUAGUGCCACGAGUACUGCGUAGGAGCCGCAAGAGCCCAACCAAGCCCUCUCCCGCCCGACGUCGCGAAUUCUGCAGGGGGGGAAAUAAUACAGCAUUUUUCACUGUCAACCCAAUUUCCAAGUCGCUUGCGACAUCUCAAGUUAUUAACGAUUUCAAUCAUUGAUAUCGAGGUCGGCAUUGAGAUCGAUAACUCGAUAAGUCGAACUCUCGACCACUCCUCUUUCUCCUUCUGGUAACCCUUUCUCUCCUUGGUGCUUGGUUGGUUUCUACUAUCUCCCUUUCAUCCCUUCGCCCUUUCAUCGCAACUCGGACCAAUAGCGGUCGAUCCCAAGUUAGAGAGUGUCUCGCAGCUUUGUCGCGACUGCUGCUUAGCGCAUCCAACAUGAACCAGCCAGGGCAGUACGGAGCCGCCCCAAGACGAACUAAUACCUAUGGCUCACAGCACGACGAACUCCAUAUUUCUCCCACUAUGAGCCACAGCGGACAAAUCUCUCCGCGAGAGUUUACCACCUCCGGUCCGCACAUCAAGCUCGACCAGCCCGCAUCGCAACCCGUUAAUCCUCAAUACCAGAAUUCCGGUGUGCCCAACAUUCUUCAGCCUGGAGGCUUAGGCUCCGGUCGUCCCCCCGCUAUGAGUGCUAAUACCGCACCCACGCUUCCUACCAUGUCCGGCGCAAUACAACAUUCUCCGAGCGAAUACGCCUCGCCGUCGAAGCCCCCGACCUUGAGCUUAUCGCACGGCUAUUCGAGAUCUAGCCCUGCGGCCCCUUACGAGAAUCCCUCUACCUCAUAUUCGCCCUACACGCCUACCACACCCGGAGGAUCUGCUGGCCCCUCGUCCCAAUACAUGUCACCGCAAGAUCACAAAUAUGGCGCCCCGGGGUCUCAGCGAAACAUCUCCAAUACGCCACUUGGUCUAGCAGAUAUCAGGCCACGAGCUGAUUCGAGUCUGUCUGAUGGCCCGCCUGGUACGUUGGGAUACGAGCUCGCCAAUGCUCAACCGUCCACGAGCAACUAUUUGGCGCCUUGGGCGCUCUACGCAUUCGACUGGUGUAAAUGGGCUCCUCGAGAUAGAGGAGCUGGUAAAGUAGCCAUCGGGAGCUACUUGGAGGAUGGUCAUAAUUUUAUUCAAAUCCUCGAUUCGCAAAUCAUUAGUACCCCUUCGGAUAUAUAUACACCUGGCUCGCCCAAGUAUAGCAUGGAAUUUACAAAAGUUGCGGAAGCAACUCAUUCAUAUCCCGUAACGCGUCUGUUGUGGGAGCCUCCCUCGUCUCAAAAACAGUCUACCGAUCUCCUAGCUACCUCCGGCGAUCAUCUUCGGCUCUGGUCUUUGCCAGCAGAUGCUCCGACAGCACAUUCGAACUCGGUAAACAAAUCAGCCUUAGGCGCACCUAUAACGAAGCUCACGCCGUUGGCACUAUUAUCCAAUUCGAAGACCCCAGACCAUACCGCCCCUCUUACGUCGUUGGAUUGGAACACCGUUUCUCCAAGUCUAAUUAUCACGUCUAGCAUCGACACAACCUGUACCAUCUGGGAUAUACCAUCCCUAACAGCCAAGACUCAACUGAUUGCUCACGAUAAGGAAGUCUACGACGUUCGAUUUUGUGCCAAUAGUGUGGACGUGUUCGUCAGCUGUGGACAAGACGGAAGUGUGCGAAUGUUCGAUCUUCGUAGCUUGGAACAUAGUACUAUUAUCUAUGAACCAACUGCUAAGGAUGAUCGGGAUGCCAAUGGCGGCCGGAUAAGCCCUACCUUGGCCCAACAGACAAUGUCGCACGCACCGCCCCUAUUGAGACUGGCGACCUCGCCACAUGAUACUUAUAUGUUAGCCACGUUCGCACAAGAUUCGAACGUCAUCCGGAUCCUCGACGUACGACAUCCUGGGCAGGCACUACUAGAAUUACGAGGCCACGGCGGUUCCGUGAAUUCGGUGGAAUGGUCUCCCGGGAGGAGAGGGCUUCUCGCGUCGGGUGGCGAUGACUGUCAAGUCCUGCUAUGGGAUCUUGUAUCUGGUACUCCUACCAGUGGCUUGUCCUCCAAUGGUGUCGGAUCGACUGAGAAACAUCUUACUCCUGUCGCCAGUUGGCAGUGUGACUACGAGGUCGGGAAUCUUGGCUGGGCUCCACCACUCCGCAAUGGCGAUGGUGAUGGCGACUGGCUCGGUGUCAGCGGCGGCAGGGGCGUUUGGGGCGUAAAGAUCUGAUAUACCCAGUCUCAGCCUACAAAAGUUCGCGUUGUUGACCGAAGUAUCAUGGAAACCCAAAAAUUACCCAUGCCAGAUAUAACCUAAGCAAGAAUCCUUAGGCCGACAACGCCCAUCAGACUGCUAUAUGCAUUUACGAAGCAAGGCGUUCGUUUUUGGGGCCCGCAUUAUGUUUUGGUUACGAACAAAUUCGCGGGACUUGUUGGUGAGGGGCAUGCUAGGGUAGGGAGAAAAUGGGGAGUCGGUUCACUAGGUAUCUAUUGUGAGAAGGGAAGAAGCGUUGUCUUUGAACAGCAAUCAUCGAAGGUGCUUCUCAUACACCAAGCUUCAUCCUGUAUAUUAGUAGCUAUUACUUGGGAGAGCAAGCAGAAUACCCUUGCUUCAUGGAUUGGUAGGCAGAUGGUACGGUAUAUGGUUAGCUAGUAGCAGCCCAACUUGGUUCUUCAUUGUGCAUCUGGUAGUUUAUGAUGAAUUAAUGGUCGCACCGGGAUACUAAGACAGACUUUGAUGGAGAAAAGAAUAGGUAUGAUGAGUUCUCAACCUCCCUAAGUACCUACUUAUGUUAAUUAUUGAGA